AUGGCCAACGAUGGCUCUUCAAACGCGCUCUCCGGCCUCUACAAUACCUCUCAAAACCGGUCGGGCAUUGCAGCAUUUCUCCAGCUUUACAAUUCUGUGCGGGUGACGGCCCAACGGGCAUCAUUGUCGUCUAUUGCAACUUCCCUCCGCAAUAUUCAUGGAAAUGAUUCUUUGACUGGAAGCCAAGCGCUGUUUUUAUUAACCUGCGUGAUUACCAUGGCUGGCUGUGGUCUGUUCGCUGCUUUUAAGCGCUGCCGCUCGUCAGCGAAAAAGCCUCGCUCGCAGCGCUCAACCUCGCGCAAGACUUCCAAGUCGUCAUCGAGAACCCUGACCUCCUCAGAUGAUGAUUAUGAAGAUGAGGACUACGAUAGCAAUGGGUCUCUGAAUCAUGCCGCUGGAGCAUCUCCCAAAGCAGAAGACUGGUCAUCACAGCCUGAGCAACAAAGCUCGGAUGACCCUGGACUACUGAAGAAGUUCACCUCCUACAACUCCUACACUACCUCUGUCGCAACCUAUCCCCACAUCCGAACCUUCUUCUGCCGACACCCACACCUGGACCGUCUUCCCACCAAACCAACUCCGGUUCCACUGCUAGUCUUUGUUCAUGGACUUGGUGGUUCACUCGCACAAUUCAAUCACCUCUUGAAGAGCAUGUCAAAUGUCGGAUCAUGCUUUGGUAUUGAUAUGCCAGGAUGCGGUCUAUCCAAAUUUGCGCCUACAAACUGGGACGCCUACAGCAUCGAAGCUCUGGCUGAGCUACUAGCCGUGGCCAUUGAGAAACAACGCGAUCCUGAUCAAAAGGUGGUCUUAAUCGGCCACAGCAUGGGAUGCUCAAUGUCUGCAUUGGUCGCUUCCUCCGCCUCGCCCAUUGGGAAAAACUUGAAAGAGCAUAUUCUUGGACUUAUCGCUGUUUGUCCUAAAGCAUCCCCUCCAUCUCCAGAGCAGACUAAGCUGGCCUCGCGCCUUCUGCAUGUUCCCGGAGCAGUCUUUGAUCUAUGGCGUCUUUGGGAUCGACGUGGUGGUACCCAGAGCACCAGUGUCUCGAGAAUGGUUGGCAGUGACGCAGAUGUCGAGACACGAGGCCUGCAGGUCCGAUACAACAAGCAGAGUAAAACUCCAGUCUGGCGCCGUAUGUCCUGGGGUUGCCUUCCCACAUACAAGGGAACCGAAGCCACUGGAGGAAUUCCGGGCGAGAAAGUCUGGGCCGGCGUUGAUAUGCCGAUUCUGCUGGUCGCAGGAGAAGCAGAUGCAGUGACCAAGCCUGAGGAAAUCCAGACGCUUUUGAAAUACUUUGGAAAUGCAUCUGCCCAUACCACAAUCGACACUACUGGUAGCAGUGUUAUCCCCGAUGCUUCACGAGUACACGACCGAACCGUACCAGUCAACGGUUCUGUCCACAAAGAAGUAUCCAUUGGCGGCGAUGAUGAGAAGCAGACCGAGGGCAAGGCAUUCAGCUAUGAACGCAAAAGACUAGUCAAGUCGGCUAUCUUGCCUGCUCCUGCAUCGCAUGCUCUCCUCUACGACCGCGCCACAUACCGUACUCUGGCAGGCAUCAUCCAGGAUUUCCUAGCCUCAAGCAUCGACAAGCGACUGAGUCUUGGUUGGCAACUACAGCACCUGAACACCUCAGGCAAAUGGGACGUGAAAAACCUCGCCAAAUGGAAGAAGGUUGCACCUGUCUCCCAUCCAAUUGCCAACACCUUCCGCGCGAUGAAGAUGCUACGUGAGGUGGAUGAGGGCCACAACCCGGUCAAAUUUUCUGCCGAGUAUCAUGAUCGCAUUUACGCAGUCAUUGAUAUCAGUCAUGAAAGCCCAGUUUACAGUCCCGCUCAGAUGGAGAAGGGUGGGAUUCACUACUGCAAGCAUCCUACAGUCUCGAAACUUCCUCCCACUCCUGAUGAGGCGCGAGACUUCAUCGAUUUGGUCGACCGUCUACAGAAAGAGAUUGAUGACCGGAUGGAGAAACGGGAGGAUCCAUCUUUGCCACGUCCUCUCAUCGGUGUGCACUGUCACUAUGGAUACAACCGGACAGGCUUUUUGAUCGUUUGCUACUUGAUUGAGAAGUUGGGCUACAGCGUAGAGGAUGCAGUCCUUGAGUUCAAUGAGUGCCGACCUCCUGGUAUUCGACACGGGCAUUUCAUUGAUGAAUUGCACGUUCGAUACCAUAUGGGAAUCCAGCGGGCUCCUACCUUGUAA